AUGGGGCUGUGUCCGGGACCCGUCGCGCCCCUGGGCUGGGCACUGGCGCUGCUCCUGUGUCUGGCCGGCGGGCUCAGCGAGGCCACCCCGCACUUGAGGUACAGCCGGCCGGGCGCCAGGAGCAAGAACUGGUGUGCCUACAUAGUGAACAAGAACGUGAGCUGCUCUGUGCUGGAUGGAACUGAGCGGUUUAUUCAGGCACAGUACAAAUGUGCCUGGAACCAGUUUCCCUGUUCACCAACCCCAGUCUACCGUAUGAGUUUCAGACCUCGGUAUACAAUUGCUUAUAAGACAGUAACAGAACUGGAGUGGAGAUGUUGUCCUGGUUAUAAAGGUGAAGAUUGCAGAGACGGUCCAGCAGAACAACCAAGAACUAUUCUGUUUCCCACUUCACCACCCCGACCCGGUGUGAAGAAAGUCUUGGACUCAGAACCAACGGAAAUGCCACGGGAAUCCCCCGAGAAGAAAAUUCAAUUCCUUGAGGAUGAAUUGUUUCGACUUACGCAGACGGUGCUUGAUCUUCAAUCCUCCUUAGCAGGUGUGAAUGAAAACCUGAAACUAACUGUCCAAGAAGAUGCCAGUAAGAUGUUGGUCUCAUGGCUGAACAACCUUCAUGAUCACCCAGGGCCUGAUAGUGUCGUGGGUGGUGAAACAGACAGUAUUCAUCUGCCUGGAAUACUUGGCAAGAAAGAGCCUUUUACUGAUUUUGGGGUGGAAGACAUAAAGUCUGAACUAGCUGAGGUCAAAAAUAUUUUGAAGACAAAAAAUGACAAGCUGGAAGAACUGAAUGGGAAAGUGAAAAGCUAUGAAGGGCAAUUAAAACAACUGCAGGAAGCAGCACGAGGACCUACAAUAACAAUACCGAGUGAUGAUUUAUAUCAGGAAUAUCUAGAUUCUAAAAUUGAGGCCCUGAGACAGGAAAUGCUGGAAGGAUUGGAGAAGAAAAUGGCAGAUCUGAAAAACUCAUGUGAAUACAAACUAAUGAAUAUCCAGCAACAAUGUGAUGACCACGAAACUAGCCGUUCAGAAAUAAUACAACUUGUAGAAGAAAAGGAAAAUGACCUGAGGAAAGAAAUAAAUGAGCUACGAACUCAGAUCCAGGCUCCUUCAAAUCAAUCAGGUUGCUGCAAGACUAGCCACAGUGAUGACUUUGGUCAACAGAUAAAGAAUUUGGAUGAGAAAGUUGACAGCAUUGUGGAAGUACACAGAAUCUUAAAUGCCAGAAUAGAUAAUGAAAUCAUUCGUAUUUCCACUCCAAAUCUAGAAGACAUCUUUGGCCCAAGAUGGGAGGAGCUAGAUGCUAGAAUCAAUGUUACAGAGAGGAAUGCUGAAGAACAUUGUUUUUACAUUGAGGAAACUCUCCGAGGUGCGAUAGCUGCUGACGUAGAUGAAGUCAGAGACUUACUUGAUCAAAAACUACAGGCAUUGGAAGACAGGCUGGGUGGCACUAUUUUAGAAAUUGCCAAUGCCACAGCCUCAGAUGGAAUAUCAAUUAGUUCAGGAUCAGUCUUGCACAGUGACUCAGGAUCUGGAAAUGAGCAGCUUACAACUGAGAUGAAUCUCCUGAGGAACAAACUACAAGCCAUUGAACACCUUUGCUGGCAGAAAUGCCAAUCUGCACCCCAAGAUAUGGAAGACCUUCAGAAAAGCAUAGAAAAUUGUAGCAACAAAUAUGAAUACUUGCUUUUGAAAGUAGAAGACAACUCUGCUCUUUUGAAGUCUUUAAAUGGUUCCCUUAAUGAGAAAUUUAACUUUACUAAGAGCAACCAACAGAACGUCCAAAAGGAUUUGCGUAGACUCCGGUAUGGUCUAAACAUCAUGGAUAAAGAUGUGAAAAAUCUUCAAGUUGGCUUGAGCAGCUGUAAGGAGCAACUUCUGGGUGUCAAUUCUACAUGUGAAAAGACCCAGCAAGGUGUAUUCAGAAAAAUAGAUGAAAUACAAAGAACAGUUAUGAAUCAAACUUCUCACCCAAAUGAUGAUUGCUGUAAUGAGGUGAAGGAGAGGAUGGAACAACUGAAAGAACAAAUCUUUAAUGACCUCAGGAAAUGUAAAGAGAACACCAGUGGUAUUCAGGAGGGAGUCUCGGAUGUGGAUAGCAGACUGUCCCAUGUUGAAAAAAUCUGCAGCAAAAUGGACUCCAUCUCAGGUAGCCUGCAGCGAAUAAAAGAAGGUCUGAACAAGCAUGUCACUAGCUUAUGGAACUGCAUCAAUCAGAUGAAUGGAACCAUGACAUCUCAUUCCAAAGACAUUUCUGGCCUCAAAAAUUCUGUCCAACAGUUCCACAAGCAGGUCACCAAAAUCACCACUGACCUUCAGGAGCUGAUGAAAAUUCAGUCUGGGGCACCUGAAAAUCAACCAAGAGUACCACUGGGGAUACCACAAGAAAGAACACCGCUACAGGCACCACAGCCAAGAACACCGCUACAGCCACCACAGCCAAGAACACCGCUACAGCCACCACAGCCAAGAAUAGUAAUACAACUACCACAAGGAGCCCCUCUUCAGCCAUCACAACCAAGAACUCCCCUACAACCAUCAUUGCCAGGUUCAGCCACUUUACCACUUUUGCCUGGAUCAACUGGGAUCAUUAUGGAGUCUGGACAGGCUGGUCCUCCUGGCACAGUUGUAAUGUCAGGAAGUGGACGGCCUAAAGGCAUAGAUGGUCAGUAUACCUUGCCCAUAGCUGAAGGAUAUGCAGGAGCACCAGGGUAUCCAAAAUUUUCUCCGCCUUCUACAGACUCACAAGGACCUACUGCUGCUGCCACCUCUCUGGUGUCUUUUUCGGCUGGUCUUACUCAGAAGCCUUUCCCCAGUGAUGCAGGCGUGGUCCAUUUUAACAAAGUGCUUGUGAAUGAUGGAGACUAUUAUAAUCCUAACACAGGCAUCUUCACAUCUCCCUAUGAAGGGCGCUAUCUGAUCACUGCUGUCCUUGCUCCUGAAAGGGAUGAGUAUGUAGAAGCAGUGCUGUCUGUUGCCAAUGCAAGCGUUGCUCAGCUCCACACAGCUGGUUAUAGAAGAGAACUGCUUGAGUAUCACAAACCACGAUCAGGGAAACGAACCUGUGGUGGUGCUGGAACAUUCCACCUCGUUCUUCACCUAAAAGCUGGAGAUGAAGUAAACAUUGUCGUUACUGGGGGCAAGCUGGCCUACACGGAUUCCGAUGAAAUGUACUCCACAUUUAGUGGAGUUCUUCUCUAUCCGUCCAUUGCUCAUGUCUAGGUUCCUCGUGAAAAGAAGGGUAAGAUAUUCAGAAGAAAUAAAAUUUGAAGCUUUAAUAUAUUCAUUUUAUAUAUUUGAUUUGAGUGGUGGGUUUAUGAUACAUAUUUAA